CAACAAAUGUCAAAAUUGGUGUCUUAUUUUUGUUCAGUGAGACAUUGACCAAACUUCUUAUUUCGAAAUAUUUCAUUGUUUCGGUGUUUGAUAAUACCUUAUUUGAGUGUUAGAAAAUAAAUAGCUCCUAUUGUGUCCGUUUUUGUAAUUGGAUAUGUGCUAAAAGUGGCAAAAUGAGGCGAGGUCAUCCUGGCGCUGGUGGCUGGCGGAGCGAUAAUUCCAGGCAUUUCAGGCCUAGAGGAGGCGGUACGCCGCAUUUCAGGCACCCGCGAGGCUAUGGGCAUUCUGAAGGCUCCAGGUUUCCUCAUCCUGGCGGAAGGCACUUCUCAGGUCCACCACCUAACAUCUACAACUCACCCAGUAAAGACCAUGACCACUACCGAGGCAACCGACAUAACAGCCAACACAGGAUGCAAGAUAGAGGGCAUCAAUAUAGUCACGGACCACCUCCCAGACAAAUAUUCCCACUUGUGCAACGAAUGCGCCAUAAUGCACCACCAGAUCACAGCAAUACAUAUCAGGAUAUGCCAAACUACUAUGACAAUAAUAAAAAAACAAGUCAUAUUAACAGCAUGGGUGAUGUUGAUGACAGACAACAAGUCAAUGUUCCUCAAAAUCGAGAAUCUUAUCAACGCCCUUCACCUUGGGUGAAUCCUCCGUAUUAUGAUGAUAGAAGCCCAUCUAAAUCUUAUAAACAUUCUGAUACUGGCGAGUACAACAAAAGUUCACAAAGUACACCAAUAAACACCGGCCACAGGCCCCCAGCCUCUGAUCAUUAUGGAAGUAAUCAUGGCUCGACUAUGGACAACUCAAAUACCUUCAGUAGGUCAAUCGAUGAUACUGUAAAUAUAAUCCGUAAGAGGCUCUUAACUAGAGAAUCGCAGCUUACCUCAGACAAUUCCCAGCCAAAUCAAAGUGAUGUUGACAAAUCCAGAGAACCAUUGGCCUCAUACCCCAGUGCUCCACAAGAACAACCUACAAAAAGGAAGCCUCACAACAAUCAAAGAUCAAGGAAUGUUAAAUUAAAUUGUGACAAGAUAAAAAAUAAAAUUGUAGAUCAACUCUUCAUGAUGGACAAAGAUAAAAUUCAUAAGUUAAUGGAUAAUCCAAAUUCUUCAUCAAAAUUCGAAUUUGCAAUCAACAGCCUUGUGACCGAGUCACAGAAUAGUUUAAAUCGCCAUUUAAGAUCUGUUGCUGAAAAAUCUCUUUGCAGUUCCAGUUCUACAGAAUUUAUUCAUCAUGACAACAACACCAUUUAUGAGGACACUUUCAUGAAACAGAUGCAGUGCAUUUUAGACCCACAAGAUACAGUUCUGCUUGAAGACAUCAAGCCCAUGGUGUUAGCUGAACUGAGCAAAGUCCUCCAAUUAGACAACAUUGAACAAAGUUGUGAAGUAGAUGAAACAACUUACCGAGCAGAUGAACCAUAUCACAAAUACCCAUCAUAUGAUUAUGAAAAUUAUGAACCUUACAGUGCUGGUGAAGAUCAGGACAACUAUUAUGAGCAAAAGCCCCAAACUGAUUAUGAACAACCGGACUCCCCUUGUUACGGAAAUAAAAACAACAUAGAUUGUAGCACCAGGCUGCAAGAAUUUGACUCGACAAAUCUAUUUGAAAGACGAUCAGGGAGAAAAAGUAAGGAUUAUGAUGAGAGCAGAAGGAUAAGUUCCGAAAUUCGAAGCAAGGAACGUAGAAAUAUAGAAUGUAAUUUGGAUGACAACUUGAGGCGAAGUGUAACUACGCCUCCCCUGUUUGAUACCAAUCCCAACCAACUGUCGGAAGAAGAAGAUGAUCCUUUUGCUGAGUUAGACAAGCAAUAUCAUGUUGCUGUUGAUCACAAUUUCAUUGAAAAUGAUGAUAUUUCUAGUCCACAACCAGUCAAAAGUAAUUCACCUUUAAUUAAAUCAGAACUUACUCCUGAAAAACCUUAUAGUGUCACACCACCUGGCAGAAUAUAUGUGAAGGUUCCUGAUGACUCACCAGAGAAACUCAAAGAAGAAAUUGACCAUCAGUUACAGGAUAUGGCCAAAUCUCCAUUAAAAUUUUCGCCUCUUAAUAUUAAUAGUAAAUACGAACUGGAAUGUAUUUCAAACUCUUUAGAAUCAAAAGUAAAACAGGAAUCGCACUAUUUUAAUAAUUCCAACAAAACGCCAGAAAAGCAAAUGGACGUGGAUAACAGAGAAACAGAAAACUUAAGCGCAGAACACAUCCCUGAACCUAAAGCAGUAGAAGUGACAGAAAAAUCAGAGUCUUCAAGUUGUACUGUAAAAUCUUCUACCCCCUGUCAGUCAAGAAAAAGGUCCAUUGAUCAAAGACCUUCUCAUCGAAAGGAAAAACGCAAGAAAAGCGAAUCUACCCAAUCAGACAACUUAUCAACAAACAAACAGAUAUUAAAUAAGAAUAUCAUCAUUAACGUUAAUGACUGUCCUGCUACAAAAUCGGAAAAGUGCGAUACCACAAAAUCAAUUUUCAACUUAUACUUCUCAAAAGAGAAAAAUAGUAAAGAGCCGCCUAAAGAUACCGUAAAAAAAGUAGAUACUGUCGACAAAGGAUACUCUGAUAAAUACGUUAAAAGAAAAGAUGAACGGAAAAAGUCAAGAGACAAAGAUAGUGAUGUUAAAAAGAAACAUGAUUCUAGUUCCUCCAGUCAUUCCAUGCUUAGUCCUGAUUUAAGUAAGAGCCAGACUCCAACGAAAGGAGAUGGGCAAACGAAAUUAAAACCUAUAGACAUGUUUGUAGAACAACCACGAAAGCCAAGCGCACAUCAAGCGCACAGAAACUCUGCACCGUUGCCUACCGUUCAUAAUAAAGUUACUGUAGAGACCAAACCAUUAGUAUUAAGUCGUAAGUUAACCAAAAGACAUGUAGCUACUCAAGUAGCAAGAAAAUGUGUUUCCAGAGAAAGUCAGACAAUGUCAAGUAAGUGCAGCAUCUCAAGACAUUCUCAGACAGAAAGGAAGAAAUUAUUCACUAGAGGUGCACAAACUGAGUCUAUUUCAUUCAACCCAAAAAUAAAAGCGACUGAUGCCUUUGAAAGAAUGAAAGAAAUCGACAUGGAAAUUCAAGCUUUGCUUCAAGAGAAAUUCAAAUUAUACAACUCAUUAGAGUCUAAAGAAUCUGGUCCGCGUACAAUGCAAUCUUUAGGCAUGACUGUAUUAAAUGUCACCCCAAUAGAUGAUACACAUGCGGACAACGAUAGUCCAUCGGGAGAUACAAUCGUAGAUGAGUUCACAAACAUCCCUGUUGAAGAACUAGAACAGAUAGCUCUUGAAACUGUUGAAGAAGAAAUACAUGAAAUUGAACAGUGUGAAAAGAAGAGUAGGCGACAGAAAAUUUUGGCGGAAGAGAGGAAGAGAUCUAUCAGCCCUGCUACGAGCACAACAAGUACAAGAAGCAAGAAAAACACAAAAGCACCCAACAUUUCUCUCAUAGAACAAAUCAUAACCGAUGAUAGACCUUUAGAAGACAUUAUAGCUCUGGACGAUUUCGAAGUUUCGCCUGUAAAAACUAGAAAUAAAUCACUGAAAUCGAAAGGCAAACCAAAAAAGAAAACAACUAAAAAGCGUAAAGUAUCCAAGUCUUGUGAGAUCGUUAAAGAGCUGGUUGAAUAUGAUUUGAAAGAAUGUUCAGUUGCAUUGAUUCGAGAAGAUUUUAGUAAGUAUUAUCCCAUUUUGGAAACUGAGUUGCAAUUUUCCACUGGCGAAGUUUUACCUGAACCGGAGACCGCUGCAACAAAUGAAUCUCAGACUCCGGAAGCUUCUCAGAAUGUGGUAGAAGAGCCAGUGAAUGAUAUACAGUUUGAUAUGCUUGAUGUGUCUGAGGACAUCGUUAUUGGGGAUGUGUGCGAGGUGAAGUGUUCUGAGGACAAAGAAUUGGGUUAUGCUGGUAACCCGUCGAUUUGCGAGGAGAUAAUUCUGGACAACAGUCAGUCGUCGAUGGAGGAGGCGACUGCGGACCACGGCUGUGGCAACGAGUGCAAGAUGUAUGACUACUCCGUUGACGAGAACUUGCGGCGAGACUGCGUCACUGUGUCUGGACAUGCUGAUGCUGUUCUUGCUAUUGAGUGCAUAGAGAACAAUUUCGUGGCGGCUUGCCUGGACGGCAACGUGUACCACUUCAGCGGCGACGGGCAGCUGCUGAGCACGCUGCGGGGCUCCAACCUCGCCGUCACCUGCCUCACCAUCGUCAAGGAGAAGUACGGGACGACCGUCUACACCGGCUCCUUGGACUCGAGGAUACGCUACUAUGAUUUGGAGACGGGGCUGGAGAAGGGUCCAGAAUGCAACGUGUUGAGUCCCAUACAGACGAUGGACCGCGCCUGGGAGACCGUGUUCGUUGGCACCAGGACUGGUUUUGUGCUGCAGUUUGAGUGCAAAAACAACAUGCUAAUUCCAGUGAGCACAGUAAAGUUCUCGGAGCAGUCGAUUUUAGCCCUCAGGGCCAUGAAAGAGGGCCCCCGUAAGGUCCUCUUGGUGGCCGCUCGCUCUGAGCCGGUGACCAUAAAAGAUGCACAAACUGGACUGCUUCUAAGGACGCUAGAGGGACCCAAGAUGACCGUUUAUACGUUGCUGUUUGAAGAUGGAAAGGUGUACUGUGGGACCAGCAGUCAUUUAAUACAUGUGUUUGAUUAUUCUAGCGGGUCCCACGUAGGAUCUCACGAGGGCGGUAAAGGCGCGGUGUGUCUCCGCGCGACCGGAGGCCUACUGUUCGCGGGCUGCUACGACGGCUGCGUCUACGUGUACCGCGAAGGAGACUCCCGCCCACUGGCGCAGCUGCGCGGACCCAGCCUCAUGCUGCUCUCGCUAGCUGUCGUCGGCAGCAAGAUAAUUGCCGGCUACAAAGACAGAAGUUUGUACAUAUGGAAGAUUCCACUUAGUAUAUUGCAAGAGAUGAUUUUAUAAACUACUUAUACAUUGGAGUUAAUAUCCUAAUCUACCCGAGUGCAGUAGAAUCUUUUAAUAAAAUACCUGUUUCUUUAAUUACAAAUAACUAGUAAUACGUAUUUUUUAGUUUUUAUUGUGUAAAUACACAUUAAAGUUGAAGUUUUAGA